AUGGUGGGAAAAGGUUUGGAAAGAAGUGGACAACAGGUCAGGAGGUGGGGCAGGACGGGGCUGGCAGGCGGGGGGGUUGGGUUGCCUGGCAAGGGGGGGAGGCGCGGGACGGGGGCAGACGGGGGACGGGGUGCGAGUUUGGGGGAUGGGGCGGGGUCCUGGCGGGAGGAGGGGGGACGGGGAAGGCGGGGUGCGAGUUUGGGGGGUGGGGCGGGGUCCUGGCGGGAGGACAAAGGGCUGUUUGGAGAGACGGGGCUGCAGGCAAGGGGACAGGGCGGCAGGCCGGGGACGGGAUGCUGUUAUUGGGGACGGGGGCGGUCGGUUGGGGAAUAUAGGGGCCACUUAUUGGUUGACUGGACAGGGAAUACAGUUAGACAGUAA